AUGGAGUCGUUCGACAUGGAGGAAGAGCUAGCAAAUUUGUCCGAGCUUCGUCGAGUAAACGAGAGCGUCGGGAGCCCCGAGAAGCUUCGUAAGUACCUGGAAGAAAACGUCUUGCCUCUUGUGAUAAAAAAGAUCAAGUACACAAAAUUCAGCCCGCAAUUCACCUUCUUUUUGAGCCACAAAUCAAAGGACAAGCCACUGAUGGAAACCUUCCGCAAUGGGCUGAAAUUUGUAGGUUUUCAAACAUGGCUAGAUGAGGAUGACAUGCCAAUGGCGGCUCGUCUGCAAGGAGCCUUGAAAGUCGCCAUCGAAAAAUGCGAUUGUUUCAUAGUGUGGCUAAAUGAGGAGUACUUCAAGAGCGACUACUGUCAAGCGGAACUACUGUAUGCAAGAGAACUUGGAAAAAUUAUUCUUCCAUUCGGUGUUUACAGCAAAAUUAAGGAUCUUUUGAAGGGAGAUUUUGAAUUCUUAGUCCAUCUUCACAUAUACGAUCCUUCAACUUCAUCCUUCUUUGAGGUGCUUCGGCGCAUCGACGAGGCACUGUUUAACUUUGAAAUUUUAACUAUAUAA